UUAGGUGUCAGCCAUAAAAGCCUCCUCCCCAACCAGACAGAGUUUUGCAAGCUUAUCAGCUGCUUUGUUUUUUUCCCUUGAGAUCCAAGAGAAAGAGAUUUCAUCAAAAAAACAAGAUAAGUUACAAAUAUCAGAAAUAAUUCCGUAAAGUUCCGGGUGAAACGUUCCUGAGUUGAUCGUCUUAAUCAGUUGGGCUGAGUCUGAUUCACAUCGCAUCUUCCUGAGUCUCAUAUCUCUGCAGCUUGUCAUUCCUUCUCUCAACGCUAGACCCUCUGCAAUCAAGGCAGAGCCAACUAAGGGAGUUGGAAGAGUGAAGUCAGAAGAUCCUUCCUGAGUUUUAAUCAUCCAGCCGAGUCCGGCCGUGAGGUUAGAUGCUCUCCACGCCGCAUCAGAGUUGAGGACGUCGCAGUUCGUCAUUGUUUGGGGUCGUGGCGGGAUCUUACGUGGAGGUGGGGGUCUCUGCUCUUGGUUGCUUGUCCAUUCUUUUGCCGCUGUAAUAGCUUUGGUAAGAGCUUCUUCCUCAGUAAUCGUUUUACCUUCAAAGAUCAGUUGGUUUCUAGCGCACCAGAUAUGCCACAGGAUCCAAGGAGCUAACUGGCCGGAGACAAGUCCUGUAGGGGGGACACAGUUCUUUUCGCAGAGGUUUGACCACACACUCUUUAAAUCUAUCAAUCCGCUAUUCUCAAAUGUCGAAACAAAUGGAGCUGCUCUCCAGAUUUUCCUUGCAAAUGGACAUUGCAAGAAAAGAUGAUCUAUAGAUUCCAGUGUGCCACACCUCUUGCAUCUACCAUCAGUGGUAAUAUGCCUUUCAACCAGUAUCUCUCCCACCGGUAUCGCUUUUUGGAAAAGCUUCCACAGAAACAUUUUGAUUUUCGGUGAGAUGUGUAAAUUCCAAACACCCUUGAACCAGUUCAGGGCUGGUUCUUCUUCAUUUACUUCAAGGUCCUCUGUUCUCAUGUUAAUUGCAGUAUGGUAGCCUGACUUGGUCGUGUACUCACCAUUUGGUGUGCUCAGCCAUAUCUGUUUAUCCGCAGCGCCCGACCGGCUCGGUUUGAUACUCUUGAUGACAACCUCCCAUUGCGGUAGCAAGCUUCUAAUUUUGCCAUCGUCCCAGUCUCUAGAGUUGUCUUGGAACAGGUCUGCCACUGUGAUAUUUAUGGACGCCUCAGUUGAUGGUCCUGUUGGUCUUAACUUGGACGUGAGGCUGAGCCAAGCAUCAUCCCAAAUUCGAAUGGAGGAGCCGUUUCCAACCACCCAUCCCAUGUUCUCUUUCAGAAGAUCCCUGCCUAUAAGUACUCCGCGCCAACCAUGGGAACUGGCUGACUUCUGCGUGACCUCCAUAAAGCUUUCCGAGUGGCAAUAUUUCCCAAAUAAUACUUUGGAUAGCAGUAGGUCUGGAUUGUUGUGCAGUCUCCACGCUAAUUUGCCCAAGAAGGCAUCAUUCCAUGCUUGGAAAUCUCUGAAUCCUAGCCCUCCAAUGGCUUUAGGUUUUGUCAUUUUCUCCCAAGAAGUCCAUGCCAUCUUCUGUUGGCCCACACUAUAUCGUCCCACCAGAAUCUUGUGACAGCCGCUUGGAUUCUUUUGCAUAGGGAGACGGGAAGUUUAAAGCACGUCAUCGAGUAUGAUGGGAUCGGGGAUAGGACACUCUUGAUCAUGGUCAGUUUUCCAGCUUUCGAUAGGAAUCGAUUUGUCCAGCUGCUCCCUUUCUGUUUAAUUCUUUCCAUAAUGGAAGUAAAGAGAUCCCUCUUUUUUCUUCCGAAGUGUUAUGGCAGGCCGAGUCGGAGUUCGUCUCGAGAAGGAGAUGGACGAUUUUUCGCUGUUAAUUGUCUGUCCAGAAGCUUCUCUAUAGCGCUGGAGGAUGGAGUUCAGACAUUGGCUGCUUUUCUUGUUUGCACGAGUGAAAAACAUAGUGUCAUCGGCGAAGAGUAAGUGGUUGACUUGGGGGCUUGCCCUUGUUACACUGAUUCCUUUUAAAGAACCCUCUUCGCUUGCCCUGUUACAUAGUCCCGAGAGGACUUCACCACACAAGAUAAAGAUGUAUGGUGAGAGAGGGUCUCCUUGGCGGAUUCCUCUGCUCGGUUGUACCCUUCCCCUAGGCGAGCCGUUGAUGAGGAAGGAGUAUGUAACAGUGGAUACACAUUCCAAUAUCCAGUUGGUCCAUGUGUCAUGGAAUCCUAGCCGCUUCAGUACCAGCUCGAUAAAUUUUCAUUCGAGCCUAUCGUACGCUUUGCUCAUGUCCGUCUUGACUGCCAUAGAACAUCUCUUCUCAGCAUCUGAAUUUUUUAAGAAGUGGAGAACCUCGUGUGUUAUCAGUACGUUAUCUGAGAUUGCUCGCCCGGGGACAAAGGCGGAUUGGUUCUCCGAGAUGAUAGAGGAGAGGAGCGGCUGCAGUCUUUUGGUUAGAAUCUUGGAGAUGAUCUUAUAGUACACGUUGCAUAACGCGAUGGGCCGGUAAUCUGCAACAGCUUGAGGAUUCUUUAUCUUUGGGAUGAGUCUCACGUUUGUUUCAUUUAUCCUUGGCGGCAAAGUGCUGGAGACAAAGAAACUCUGGACUUCACUGGUGAUGUCUGGUCCAAUCGUGUCCCAAUUAGCAUGGUAGAACCCGGCCGAAAAACCGUCCGGCCCGGAUGCUUUGUCUGCAUAUAUAUAUAUAUAUAUAUAUAUAUAUAUAUAUAUAUAUUUCUUUUAAUGCUGAAAAAAUUCAUUGAGCCUUGAUAGGCAAAAAGUUUAGGAUUAGAAAACUUGUAAACAAAAGAAUACCACAAUAGCUGCUAAAACGAAAUCGAAGAAGCUUCAUAGAUUAUGCAAGAGAGUUGAAACGAUACACUGGCACCAGAUGUUGAUGAAUACAUUGGUUCUUGUUCAAUAAAUACGUUAACCAUCGCGUCCGUAGACAACUUCCGAGAUUGUCAUCUGUUCCAGGCUCCAGCCAACCCGGACCAUAUAUUUAUGCUUAUUCAUUCAAACCCUUUAAAAUGGAGAUGGAGUUUAUGUCUAUCAAUUUUUUUAUGAUAGAGCAAACAAGGAUAAAACAGUGGUAUUAAAAAGAGAGAAUGAAUUAAUUGAAAGUGGGUACAAAGCAUCAAUCGUGAUAUGAACUUUAUGAUUCUCACGCCUAGUGAGUAGUGUAACAAUUUGAGUUGUUAUUAUUGCUCCUCCUAGGCCCGGCCCUGUGCAUGUGCUGGGAGCACAUUUGCGCAGGGCCCAUUACAAUUUUGAAAAUUUUUAGCCCAGAACAAGGCCCGAAAAUGUUUUAAAUUAUUUUUUUUCUUAAAAAAAAGGGCCCCAGAUUUUUUUUCUUCUUCUUAAAAAGGCCUUAAAUUUUUUUUUUCAGCACAAGGCCUCACCUACAACUGAGACGGCCUGCCUCCUACAAGUAAAAAUAACUUGUAAAAUCCAAUUAUCCUAGAAGAAUUAUUUGUUUUUCGAAGAAUAGUUUAUUUUUAUUUUAGGUUAUCUUGGUUAGUUUUUAGAAAAUACAAAAUUAGAUUUUACCAAUACAAGAUUAAAGAUCGAUUGCUAACAGUUUCUCAGAUAAAAAAAAGCAUCUAAGUUUAUAAUUGUACUUUUACCAGAAAUAUACAAAUAUUGAGAUUUUCACGCCUCACCACACCUACCAUAAGUCAGGACAAGAUCAUGCAAGACGAAGAAAACAGAGAGUAGUACAUUUGUAGCCACCUUCAACGGGAUCACCAGCCAUAAGAAGUGGAGUGACCAAAGUUCAUGAAUCUUUAUAUUCACAGGCAGUUGUGGAAGCUGAAUUAGCUUGAGGCGGAAGGAGAAAAUAUACCAUCCAAAACAUCUUACCUUAUACUCUUUGCCAUUGAAAUUAUCACUUGUACGUAAUUCUUAUUUAGGAGUUUGAAUUGUUUAUGCAAACGUGUAUAUGAAGAAAAAAAAUAGGAGAAGGAUUAAGGACAAAACCAUUACUUAUUCCUUGCUUCAUAAAAAUGUGUUAACUUUGUUCCCAAGCCUAGAACCUCUCUAGUCUGUCCACCUCUUCUUAUAUUUCCAACAAAUUUACAUAACCAUCACGUUAAAGUUAACUACUCUUUCCAUUAAUUCGUAAGAAUUCAUCAUAAUCCAACAUCAUGCCGAUCUUUGGGGGAUCUUCUGAUUCUGAAGAAGAAAGAACGAUGCAUCAACAAACUAAGCUCUUCAAUCGCCAACGAUCAAUUCACUCAAUAUUCGGAGGAGGCAAAGUUGCGGAUAUUUUGUUAUGGAGAGAGCCGAAAAUAGCUGCAACAUUGGUGAUAGGAGUUAGUCUCUUAUGGUUCUUACUGGAAGUAGUGGAAUACAAUUUCAUAACCCUAGUUUGUCAUGCUUCCAUGACCUCUAUGCUUCUUUUCUUCAUUUGGUCCACUGCUUCCGAUUUUCUCAAUUGGGAAAGGCCAAUCAUACCAGUAGUGGUGCUCGACGAAUCGUCUUUCAAGGAAUUAGCAACAAGCUUUCAUGAUAGAUUCAACCAAAUCCUCUCCAAGCUUCUUGACCUUGCUUGUGGAAGAGAUCCUCCACUCUUUUUCCUCACAACAAUCUCACUUUACAUCCUAUCCGUCAUCGGGACAUGUAUCAACUUUAUGAAUCUUCUGUUCAUAGGGUUUGUAAGCAUGCAAACAUUGCCGAUUAUGUACGAGAUGUACGAGGAUGACGUGGAUAGAGUGGCGAGUAUGUUAAUGAGAAAGAUGAGAAAGUUGUACAGGAAAGUGGACUCAAAUGUUCUCAGCAAGAUCCCAAGAGGAACUGUCAAAAGCAAGAAACAUGCUUAAUUUUUCAUUGGUUACUCACUGAUGUAAAAUAUAAUUUAUAUGCAUAGAGAGACAAUUCUUUAUAUAGUUACCGUAAAACAAGUUUUAAUUCGUAGUUCAAAUAAAUAGAAUUAUUUUGGUUUC